AUGGAUGCUAAUAAUGAUAAAAAUUCAAACAUAAACCGUAUAGAAAAGUGUCUAGAGUCGUUAUUGUAUCCAUCAUUGGUUCGCGUGCUCGAUGAUGCUUACAAGUCAGACGCUAUAAAUUACAGUCACAAAUUUCGCCAAAUUUUCAUGAAUAGACUAGUCGAAGAUCUAUGGAAAAAUAAUCCGUUGCAUCCAGAACGUAAGAAUUCAAAUAUAUGUAACAUGCCAUUUUCUACAUUCAGCAGUGAUCAGCUGCGACCACCACGAACUUUUUCUUGGGGUAUGUCUCGGAACCAAGCUGCUAUUAUCAUACAGUCGGCGUAUCGUGCACAUACAGUCCGGAUACGGCCUGACGUUGCGGAAAUGAGGGCUUUCUGGCGAGCACUGACGACCAAAGACCACGAGUAGAUGCGCACUGCAGUUGUGUGUUGUUGUCAAAUACUCCGACGACAAAGAAUGAAUUGAACUGU